UCGAAUGCCAGAUAUCUGAUAUUUCAUCAACUGGGCUUUCAGCUUUGGCAGCUGCGACAAACCUCCUUCGGCGUGAACGUGUCAGCAUGCCGCAGCUUGCUCCAACGGUUCUUCUCGCCUUACUGGCGUUCGCCGUGACCAGCGGCGAGGCCGCCUUAUCCUUGCGCGAGCUGUCGUCGGUUUACCUGCCGUACGAUUACACUUCGGGCGGAGUCGGGCUGUACACGCUCGGAGCGGGCGCGUCGGAGCAGAGUGCGUACGACAAGGACAGCGCCACUGUCUACACAGUCGGGGACAGGUAUCUCCACGUGGUGGAUUACUCCGACGUGAGGGCCCCAUCCGUGGUCCAUCACGCCCGUUUGUCGUCCACGGGCAACGACGUGGAGUUUUGCCAGGGCCUGAUUGGCGUGGCGGUAGACGGCCAGCCGGGCACCAUCGAGCUCUACCGUCCCUUCGACCCGCAAGCCGGCCUCCUCCCCCUCGUGGCAAGUGUCCCCGUUGGCAGUAGACCGGACAUGUUGAAAUUCACGCAUGACUGCAUGACCAUCGUUGUGGCCAACGAGGGCGAACCGUACGAAGAGUCCGGCUACAUUGUCGACAACGAGGGCAUGGUAUCGAUCAUCCAUCUGGAUAACCUCGACACGGCCGUUCCGGAAGCCGUAAAUCUCGAUUUCAAAUCGUUCAACGCUCGGGCGGACGAGUACGUUCGACGUGGAGUGCGAUGGCCGUACAAGGGAGAGUUGGGCCAAACUCCUAACACUCUCUCACAGUCGCUGGAGCCCGAGUAUGUGACCAUUAAUACGCAGGACACAAAAGCUUACAUAAAUCUGCAGGAAAAUAACGCAGUCGCUGUGGUGGACCUUGUGUCCGAGACGAUCGUGGACAUCUACCCUCUGGGCUUCAAAUCCUGGAAAGACUACCUGCUCGACCCGAGCGAUAGCGAUUCGGGAAUCAACUUUGGGUCGUACGACAUCUACAGCACGUACCAGCCCGACUCCAUCAAGUACAUGGAGGUGGACGGCGUGGAGUACAUCGUCACGGCCAAUGAGGGGGCCGACAUGGAAUUCGUGGUAGGAAACAAAGAGUGGACGGAGAGUCAACGCGGGAAAGACUUCGUGGAAGACGAUCAGCUGUCCGACUUGGUUCCUAGCGAAGUGAGAAGCGCCCUCGCCGAUAAUGCAAAGCUAGGACGGUUACGGUUCAGCACGGUAGACGGCCGCAACUCGCUGAACCCCGACAAAUUCGACAGGCUCUAUUUCUACGGCAGCCGCAGCGUGUCCAUCUUCAGGGCCGACGACUUUUCGCUGGUGUACGACAGCGGAGACGAGAUCGAGCGCCAGCACGGGAUGGCCUACCCUGCCCUGUUUAACGCCGACAACUUCAGUGAUGACCUUGCAGACGAGUCGCCGGUGGAUACCUUCGAUUCUCGGUCUGAUAACAAAGGUGCGGAAGCCGAAGCCGUGGAGUUGGGAGAGGUCAACGGCAAGCGAGUGAUGUUCGUUGGCAACGAGCGCACCAGCGCCCUCAUGGUUUACACGUUCGAGAGCGGCUCCCUGACACCGGUGGUUCAGUCCAUCCAACGCUUUGGGGAGUCGAAUAACUCCUUCGCCGAUCUCUACACCGGGAGGAAGACUGGUAACCUGGACCCAGAGGAUUUAAGGUUUAUCAAGGCUUCGGACACGCCCUUCGGCAAACCGUUGCUUCUGGUCACGAGCACGAUCAGCGGCACAGUGGCCAUGUACGAGGUUGUCGAUGGUGACGCCGACAACGGUGACGAUGAUGUUCGAGUUGUCUUGAGUCCUCUAUCUACGGUGUACAUACCUUACGAUUACUCCUCCGAGGGCAAUCCGAAGUACGGCCUAGAUGGAGGUGCUAGCGAGCAGAGCGCGUACGACCCGGUCAACGCUAUGGCUUACACGGUUGGGAACAAGUUUUUGCACAUCAUGGACAUCUCGGACGUCACUCGCCCGACCAUCGUCCAGCACGAGCAGUUGCCAACCACCGGCAAUGACAUCGAGCUCUGCGGUGGCUUGAUCGGUGUUGCAUUGGAUGGUACCCCGGGAACGCUGAAUAUUUACGGUCUGUACGACAGCCAAACUGGCCAGAUUCCCCUCGUGCAGAGUAUUCAGGUCGGCAGCAGGCCAGACAUGUUGAAGUUCACCCCGGACUGCCGGACCCUGCUCGUGGCCAACGAAGGUGAGACCGUAGAGGACUCCGGCUACAUCGUCGACAACGAGGGUUCGGUCACAAUCCUGCGCCUGGAUGGCUCGGGGUGGGUCGUCAACAGGACCGACCUCGACUUCACCUCGUUCAAUGCAAGGGCCUCUGAUUAUGUUGCGCGGGGCGUUCGGUGGCCUUACCGGGGACAGCUUAGCGAGAACCUCACCAGCUUCUCUCAGUCUCUGGAACCGGAGUACAUCACCAUCAACAAGGACGCAACCAAGGCGUACAUUUGCCUUCAGGAGAACAAUGCCAUCGCUGUCAUCGACCUGAGAACCGAUACCAUAAUCGAUAUAUACCCACUCGGCUUCAAGUCUUGGAAAAGUCUACUGCUAGACCCCAGUGACAAAGACGGAGGUAUAAACUUUGCCGCGUAUGACAUCUACAGCAUGUACCAACCCGACGCCAUCAAAUAUAUGGAAGUGGGCGGCGUCGGCUAUAUCCUCACCGCCAACGAGGGGGACGACCUAGGGUACGAGGCUGGCGGAGACACCUGGGAAGAAGCUCUAAGAGGGGACAAAUUCGUAAAAGAUAACAUGUUGUCCAAUACUGUAUCAACAAAUCUUCGGCAGGCACUAAGUGAUGACGCAGCUCUUGGUCGCCUACAGUUCAGCACGGUGGACGGACGCAGCGCCCAGGACCCGAGUAAGUUCGACCGGCUGUAUUUCUUCGGCGCUCGCAGCUUCUCGGUCUUCCGGGCCGACGACAUGUCCCUCGUCUACGACAGUGGGGACGAGAUGGAGCGGAAACACGCCAUCUACUACCCGGAAGUCUUCAACGCCGGGGGGGAAUCCGAUGACCCAGAUGACGACACGCCCGAGGACAUGUUCGACGGUCGUUCAGAUAACAAAGGAGUGGAGCCGGAAGCCCUGGAGACAGGCGAGUUCAACGGCAAGCGACUGCUAUUCGUCGCCCAGGAGCGGACCAGCUCCGUCAUGGUCUACAGCUUCCCAGGCAACUCGGUCAUACCGUCCUUCGAGUCUGUGUACCGGGCGGGCGGUACCAGCAAGACGUUCACCGAGCUCCUGAACGACCGAAACCUAGGCGAUUUGGGACCGGAAGAUCUACGCUUCAUUCCAGCGUCAGACAACCCAAGCGGUAAACCGCUUCUCUUGGUGACCAGCACGCACAGCGGAACCCUCUCUAUAUACAAGGUGACCGAAGCGGUUAUCACGAACAGCGACCCCAGCGGUGGCAGCGACCGGAUCGCCUCCCCACGGGUCGUAGGAAUUGUUACAGCUUUGAGUUUAUUGGCACCUCUGAUACUACACCAGUCUUAAUUAAACUAAGAUAUCUUUAAACGUAUUGCGCUGAAGGGAAUGGCCGAAGGUGGCACUGCUUGUAGGCCAUGUAUGCCAUCAAAUGUGCUGGGUUUUUAGCUCUUUUUAAGCAGCGCCGUGAUUGAAUGACAGAAUUUCCCCCCGUCAUAUCAAGCGCGGAAAUAGAUGGUAUUGGGAAAGCUGCGUUGGAUUCCUGAGCUGCAGAUCAGAGGAUAGUGUGAAGUUUACAUUGUGAUCUUGAUUAUUCAUAGUUUCAGAGGUCAACCAGAAAACAUGAACAGAGACCAAAAUAUGCCCACCAAUAAAUAGAUCAUUGCAAAUUCAUUAUGGUCAAAAAACGAUUUUUAAUCAUGUCCGUAACCUACAUAAUUGCAACGUAAAAGGGAACGCAUCUAUUCUCACGCUGAGAGGAAAGGCAGUGUGAUUUAUAUCUCACGUAAAUAAACGAGAAUCAUCCGUAAAAUCAUUUAGAGCAAGGUUCAAAAUGACAAGAUUCAGUUCUAUACAGUUUUUGUGGUUCGUUGUGCGUUGUAAAAGUACAAUAUCUGAUGAGAUUUGAAUAUUUAUGGAAAUUAUCAUUACCGCUAAUGGGUCAUUAGGGAGACAUUCCCAUAAGAACGUGCACAAAAG